ACAGUAUCUCGUGGCCAGAGGAAAACUUUAUUUCAAGUGUCACCUAACAAAACGAAAGAUUUAUUAAAAAAUUCUAGUGUUAUUAAGCUGAUUCUCAGCUCCAAAAUUUUCAAAAUGUCCUAUUAUUUGAUUAUCUUUUCAAUUAUUUCUAUUUUUUCUACUGCUAGUGCUGCUUUCUCUUGCCCAAAAGACGAUGGCCAAUUUGAAGAUCCAGUUCAAUGCGAUAAAUACUACGAAUGUGAAGAUGGUGUUGCAACAGAAAAAUACUGUCCUGAUGGCUUGGUAUUUGAUCCUUUCAAUCGCAAAAUAAAUAAAUGUGAUCACAUAUUCAACGUCGAUUGUAAAGAUCGCUUGGAAUUACAACCACCACAGCCAAAAGGAAAUUGCCCGAGAAGAAAUGGAUUUUUCGCUCACCCAGAUCCUUCAGUUUGCAAUAUUUUCUACAAUUGCAUUGAUGGUGAGGCUAUUGAAGUUAAAUGUACGACUGGAUUACACUUUGAUGAAUUCAGUGGCACUUGUGUAUGGCCGGACUCUGCUGCUCGUGAGGGCUGUAUUGAUCCAGCGAAAAAAUUAAAGGAUGGUUUUGAAUGUCCAAAAGAACGUCAAACAGACACAAGAGGUAUGCUUGUUGAUCAUCCUAAAUAUCCUCAUCCUAGCGACUGUCAAAAAUUCUAUGUUUGUUUGAAUGGAGUGACACCACGUGAACAAGGUUGUAAUGAAGGUACUGUGUAUAACAGUAUCGAACAAAAAUGUGAUGAUCCACGAAAUGUUAAAGAAUGUGAGGAUUGGUACCAAGAUAAGUCGGGAGAAGCUUAAAGACUUCCGAAGUUUUCAUCUGUCCCGCAUCGGGAUCUAAACUGCGUUGUGUUUCCAUCAUCAGUAAAACUCUGAUUACAACGCAAAAAUUAAUUAUUAAUUUGUAAAUGUUCUUAUUUUUAAUAAAACUGUUUGCUAACUUUAAAAUAAAAAUGAUAUUGAGAGAGAAA